CCCCACAGAUCCCAUCGAAAACACAAAACUUUCAUUUGCUAACAACAUCAUAACCCCAAAACCCACCAAGACCAGGAUCAAGAAUCACUAUGAGUUCGGCGAGGAAAGCUUGGGUUGUGGCGGCAAGUAUAGGAGCAGUGGAGGCACUCAAAGACCAAGGAAUCUGCAGAUGGAAUUACCCAAUAAGAUCUCUCCAUCAACAUGUCAAGAACAAUAUCAGAUCAUUUGCUCAGGCAAAGAUCCUAUCGCCUCCUACUUCAACUAUUGUUGCUAAUAAUGAGAUGAGAAGUUGUAAUAAAGUCAAGAAAUCAGCCGAAGUGCAUGGAAAAGUUGUUCAAUUGAGCUGUUGGGGGCCUAGUACAGUUAGGUUUUGAAGUGAUUACUGAUUAAAAAUGUAAUCCUCAUCAAAUUUUUGAAUAAUAUAUUAUUCAUUUUUCCACAA